AAUCGAGGGAGCCCUCCACAGUUCGCGCGCAGCCUCUGUCUGCAAAUGAGCGGCGCGUUGCCGUCCCCUCCCCAUGCACGCACGCACGCGCAGCUAGCAAAGAAAAAUGGCAAAUCUCCGGGUCCCUCGGCCAUUGCCGUCGUCCUCUUCCCCUCCUUGACCUCGUCUUCGGUUUAUCUUGGCCCCCCUCUGGACCGUCUCCCUCCUUUCCCCGGCCGUCUCGAUCGCUCAGGAGGGGUCACAAGGCAAAGAGCACGGCCGGCCGCGCGCGCGCCGGAGACAGCUAGCUAGCUACAGCAGGGCGUCCCUGAAGGGUCGUCGUCAGCCAUGAGCGGAGGAGGAGGGGGCGGCAACUCGAGGGAGCUCGACCAGACGCCGACAUGGGCCGUCGCCUCCGUCUGCGGCAUCAUCGUCCUCAUCUCCAUCCUCCUCGAGAAGGGCCUCCACAAGGUCGGCGAGUUCUUCGCUCACCGGAAGAAGAAGGCCAUGGUCGAAGCCCUCGAGAAGGUCAAGACAGAGCUGAUGGUGCUCGGGUUCAUCUCGCUGCUGCUGGUGUUCGGGCAGAACUACAUCAUUAGGAUCUGCAUCACGGAGAAGUCCGCCGACACCAUGCUGCCCUGCCCGCUCAAGAAGAGCACCAUCGAGGCAGAGACCAACAAUGACCACCACAACCCGGCCGUCCUCGCCGGCGCCGCCGGGGAGCAUGGCGCCGCCGUCGCAGAGGGGGAGCAUGGCGCCGCAGCCGCGGCGGCCGAGGGCGGGCACGCCAAGCCCAAGGAAGCCGAGCACUUCGGGCUCGGCCUCGGCCCGCCAUUCACCACCGCCGCCUCCUUCGCCGUCCCCCACAGGCUGCUCUCCGGCGGCGAGGCCAACAUGAAAACGAAAUGCCCUCCGGGGAAGGUGUCGCUCAUCUCGAUAAACGCGCUGCACCAGCUGCACAUCUUCAUCUUCUUCCUCGCCGUCUUCCAUGUCUCCUACAGUGCUAUCACCAUGGCAUUAGGCAGGGCCAAGAUACGUGGAUGGAAGGAGUGGGAGAAAGAAGCCGCGGGCCAAGAUUACGAUGUAUCCAGUGCAGAUCCGACGCGCUUCAGAUUCACGCACGAGACGUCCUUCGUCAGGCAGCACAUGAACGUGCUCAACAAGACCCCGGCGUCUUUCUACAUCAGCAACUUCUUCAGGCAGUUCUUCAGGUCGGUCCGGAGGGCUGAUUACUGCGCGCUGCGCCACAGCUUCGUCAACGUUCAUUUGGCUCCUGGUAGCAAGUUCGAUUUCCAGAAGUACAUCAAGCGGUCUCUCGAAGACGACUUCAAAGUCAUCGUCGGGAUCAGCCCUCCUCUGUGGGCUUCUGCCCUCAUCUUCCUGCUCAUCAACAUCAACGGGGCACACUCCAUGCUCUGGAUAUCCAUCAUGCCCUUGGUGAUCAUCCUGUCGGUGGGCACGAAGCUCCAAGGGAUCAUCUGCCGGAUGGCGAUCGACAUCACGGAGCGGCACGCGGUGAUCCAGGGGAUCCCACUCGUGCAGGUCAGCGACAGCUACUUCUGGUUCAGCCGCCCCACCUUCGUCCUCUUCCUCAUCCACUUCACCCUCUUCCAGAACGGCUUCCAGAUCAUCUACUUCCUCUGGAUCCUGUACGAGUACGGGAUGGACUCGUGCUUCAACGACUCGAAGCAGUUCGUCUUCGCCCGCCUCUGCCUCGGGGCGGUGGUGCAGGUGCUGUGCAGCUACGUGACGCUGCCGCUGUACGCGCUGGUGUCGCAGAUGGGGUCGACGAUGAAGCAGUCCAUCUUCGACGACCAGACGUCCAAGGCGCUCAAGAACUGGCGCGCCGGCGUCAAGAAGAAGCCGGCGGGGGCCAACUCCAAGCACGGCGCCGGCUCGCCCUCGGGGACCCCGCGCGCCGGCAGCCCCAGGGCCGACGGAUCAGGCAUCGCGCUCACGGAGAGCAAGCACGGCGACGGCGGCGGCGGCGACACGGGGCUGCAGGCCGGCGCCGCGCAGCCCGCCAAGAAAGGGGACGAAGAGUUCGACCACGUCAAGCUUGAGCCGUGAUCGAUUUAUACAUACACCGCCCCUGGAUCCGUCGACAUUUGUAGAUCGAUCCGUCGACUACCUGCUCAAAUUAAUUCUUUGUAUUGUAUACUGGAGUACAUUGUGUAUGUAUGUAUGCUGUAGGGUGUAUGCUGUAUAUGUAGGACACGCAGGAAGGGAGGAGUUUUUUGAAAUCUUUUUUUUAUGCGGUUUUUUCCUCUACAAUUGAAGUGCCGGUCGUGUAUAUCCAUGCCGACCCGAUGUGUCGUUAACCUGUGUAAAGUGUAAUUACAGUUCAAACUUGAAACACAUUCAUGACCGCGUGUCAGUGUCUCUGCUCUUUUA